GCAGGCUGAAAGGUUGGAUUUCCAUUAUCUCUGAGAGCUGUCCGGCUAAGUCACCAUGCUUGAAAAGGAUGACAUUUACGCUUAUGCCCUGUCUAAGACCCUUACAAAAGUGUCAUCGCCUGCAACUGUGGGACUCUACUCCUCAUGUCAGAACCGAAUCCACAUGAUCCUCAGUCAAAUAGAGGAGUACAUGGCACGGGAAGCUGUGAGGAUGGAGCAGGAAUACAAGGGGGGAUCCAGGCCUCGCCCAGCUCAACGCUCCUGUGCUGACAGUCUAGCACUGAUUGGCCGACUGCUCUUCUACAGGCCUGUUUGGACUGAGGAGAACCGGAGGCACCAUAAUAUCAGGUUCAUUUAUGUGCAUUUCAGUGCCUGGCACUUUGCAGGCAGUGACCUGCUAUGGGCAGGGCUGGCAAUACGCCUGUUUCUGGCCAUGCAGGCAAACUUUAGCAAACUCCCACUUGCUCUGUACCGAAUGGUUCAGCAUGAUGAAGAGGAAGAAGUCAUCGAGAAGAAAAUCAAGGAUGGUCCAAAUGAGUGGAGGUCCAAGAAGAUUUGCUGUUGCCCUCUUUGGUUUCUCUGUCUGUCCAUCUUUCUGGUAUCACUGAUCAUCCUCAUCAACCUGGUGAUAUUUGGCUUUCCCAAGACUGAGCUGGAGCCAGAUGAAGGUGGAAAUGCCGAAACUGGAGGCCAGGUGGGCAUGGUGGAGGGCCUUGCCAUUGCUGCAUUAGGAGUCCCUGCAGCAGGUGCAGUGAGGUUCACCUUCCUCAUGGGUAAGAACCUCAUCUUCAAUCAGGAUCUGAACAUCAGAAGAGGGAUGGACAACGAGCAGGUCAGCAACAGGCUGGGCUUCAUGAAUGAAGUGAGAAAGGAGAUGUGGCUUCUGUCCAGCUUCAUCCAUUUUAUGGAGGUGUUUGAGAGGAGAAGGAUUCGUGUGGUGCUGAAGAUCACCAACCUCGACCGCUGUUCCCCGCCAAAAAUUAUUGCAGUCCUAGAUGCUAUCAACAUUCUGCUCUCAGAUGUGGAAAGUCCCUUCAUUUCCAUUCUGGCAGUCAACCCAGGGGUUAUUGUAGAGAAAGUGAACUUUGCAGAUGGCUGCUUUAGUAAAGAGGACAGAGCUUAUGCAUUUUUGAGCCGCAUAGUGACUCUGGCCUUCACAAUCCCAUCGUUGUGUGAUGAAUGGAAGCACAAUUUAUUUCAAAGCCUCACUGGCCGAUCAGCAGUCACUGAAGACACAAACAUGAAGCGAGGCAAACGAACAAAGAGCUGCAACAAGACAUGUUAUAUCUCAGAUGAAUCUUCAAUGGAGAAUGCAUGGGAAGCACAAUCAGGUGUCCAACUGGUCGAUAAAACUACCGCCGUGCUGGAGGCGAGAGAUGAGGACAUAGAGAAAUUGAUCAGCUCUGCCUUUGAGAGUGUCCAUCACAAAGGGAAUCUAAACAAGUACAUCUCGGAUGACGCCAUGUCCAUGAGGAGGGUGAUCAACUCCAUUCGAGUGACUGUGAUAAUCAUGAAGGCCUUGAAGACAGAGCCUCCCCAACCAGAGAGCAUUGCAGCCUGGGUGGUCUUGGCCAAUCAGUGGCCCUGCCGCCUCAGCUGGAUCUUCCAGUGUUUGGAGGAUAAUCAGCAGAGAGCACAAAUUGAUGAUGAUGAAUGUGAUGGUGCGACCAAUGCUGAUGACACAAAGACCUUAUGGGAAAUCUUCAGUGAGUCCAGAGCUGAACUCUAUGUGAUGAGGACACAGAUAGAGGAGCUCCUAGAGCAGGAUGGAGAUCCAGAAAUGUUUGAAAUGUUACUCAAAGAGGAUUUUCCUUUCACAAUAACGGAUCUGAAGAAGUUUAAACCUGCAACAGUCAACCUGGACCUCACAAUUAGGAAGGAGCUGGGUCACAUCAGAGGGACGUUCAGACUGAGAGAUUCUGAUUGGAUGAGGAAGCUAGCCCCUCUGCCAGUCAGAUCAAUUAUCAACAUGAGUGAGGAGGAUGUCUGUAAAGAGCUGGAGAGGCUGGAGUACCCCAAGAAGUAUGCUGAUAUUGUGAGAAGGAAUAAACUCAAUGGCACAGCAUUGGUGUUUGGCAAUGAAGACGACCUCAAACAGCUGCUUGAGAUGAGCUUUAGUGAGUGGACAACUUUCAGACUGCACUUCCUGGGUUUCCAGUCACAUCUUCACCUACAGAAAAAGACACUGCCACCGGCCCCUUAUCAUCCACAGAACCAGCCGCUUAGAUCCCCCCACCAUGUUCCCCAUCAUCACUCAUCCCCCUUCAGCCUGGCUAUCAGAUGAAUGUGGAGGUCCAAAAUAUUUAGUCAUCUUACAAGUCUGACAUCCCUAA